CGACGAAAUGGCAUCCACGCAAGCCUUUUCCACGCACCUCACGCAGCUUUCUUCCAUCGCCAUCAAGCAGACCGUUUGGCGUCCCGCGAAACCUUGGUCUCAGCCUGGCUGAACACAUAUAGUGCAGGAUUAAGAGCGGACUUGACGCACGCACAUAACCAGUUCCGUCGCGCCCGCAUCGUUAUCAACAGCUCGCGCACCAACACCGUCGCUGUCCUAGACGAGCUCCGUCAAGUCCAGCGCAUCAAAAACGCCCCAAAGCGGCGCGAACCAAGAACAAAUGGCCGAGAAGCAAACCGCCGCGACCGGCCCGUCGGGGCCGCAGGGCCAGCAGAACCAAGAACAGCAACAGGCGCAACAAGCGCAGAGGGAGCUUCACGGUGGCGGCAAGGCAGAAGAGGUCGUGGAGCGGAGGGGCGACGGCGUCCCGCUAGUCAAGUCGGACAAGCCGCGGAAUGCGAAGAAGAGGAUGUGGGAGGAGAAUGUCGAGGGCGCUAAGUACGAGGAGCAGCAGCGGAAGGAGAGAGGCGAGCUUUAGAUCUACCACGUAUCUACCUAUAGCCACCCCUAGGUUAUGCGUUGAAAUCCAUACUACGUAUACGGGGUAGGUAGACAGGAAUAAAUUCCUAGCAACUCGUUUACCAGGCU